CUGUUGACAGUGAGAUACGGUUAGUUGUGUGAUAAUUAUCAUAUAAUUGCUAUGAGAGCUGUCAUCCAACGGGUCCAAAAUGCAUCGGUAUUUGUCAACGAUCAGCUGAUCUCACAGAUAGGCAAAGGUCUGUGCGUUUUGGUCGGCAUAUCAAGAGAUGACACCCGAGAGGACAUGGAUUACAUUGUCCGAAAGAUAUUGAAUACCCGAUUGUUUGACAAUCGGGAAACAGGGAAACGAUGGUCGGAUAGUGUUGUCGAUAGAGACUAUGAAAUACUAAGUGUCAGUCAGUUUACACUCUACGGUAACCUCAAAAAGGGUAAUAAACCUGAUUUUCAUCAGUCGAUGGACACGAAACUGUCCGAAGAUUUUUACAAUGAAUUCUUGGAUAAGUUGCGGACCGGAUAUAAAUCGGAUAGAGUUAAAGAUGGACAGUUCGGUGCUAUGAUGGCCGUCAAUAUCUGCAAUGACGGACCCGUUACCAUCACAUUGGAGUCGCCGACGACGACAAACAAAAGUACACAACAAACAGAUAAACCAACAAAUAGUUAAAUAAUAAUAAUAAUACAGUAAUAAAUAAAAUG